GAGGGAAGAGGGAAUAGUAAUAAGAAGAAGAAAGAAAGAAAGAGAAGAUGAGUUGUUGUGGAAGAAGUCUAGUCUCCUUGUCCUUGCUGCUACUCCUUCCGGUUGCCCAUUCGGAUAGUGUAACAGCCUUAACCAACCACGGGGGAAGGCUCCUGACGGGGAACCUGAACGUGGGCAUCUUAUGGUACGGCCCAAUUCCAAGGGCCCAAAGGAAAGCCAUUUUGUCCUUCUUCAGGUCUCUGAACGGCCCAGAUUCGGCGGGGGGGAAAGAACCGCACGUCUCAUCAUGGUGGAACAUUGUGGCUAGCUAUCAAAAGGGAGCAACGAAGCUAGCGGUGAAAGUGGUGAACCAAGUGUCGGAUGAAAAUUACUCGUACGGAAAAGUCCUGAUCAAGGACUUCAUCAAGCCCCUCCUCCCCAAGGCAACCGGCGGCAAUCCACACACCUUGGCGGUCAUCAUUGCCUCCAAGGGAGUAACCGUGCAGGACAUGUGCGCCGGAUCAUGCGCUCAGCAUGGUCUUAUCGAUGCUCAGUAUUACGUAGCGGUGGGGGACCCGGAGGAGGAGUGCCCUGAAUGUGCAUGGCCCUUCUUGGCCAGCCAUGGGAAGGUGGGAAAGACGCUGCUGCCACCAAGCGGGAACGUCGGAGCCGAUUCCAUGGUCAAGUUGUUGGCUGGUGGUUUGGCCGGAGCGGUCACUAACCCAUUCGGCGAUGCCUUCUACGCCACUGGACAUGGAGACCACUUGUUGGAAGCCACCAGCACCUGCCCUGACAUUUUCUCCUCUGGGAAACUACUCGUCGAUUCCCAAAAUGGUGGAUCCUAUAACGCUGUUGGGGACGACGGUAUCAAGUUCUUGCUCCCUCCUAUUUGGAACCCUAAGACUUCUACCUGCUGGACUCCCUUGUAAUUGUUAAUUCUAUUUCCUUUAUUCAAACCCACCCUUUUUUUUUUUUUUUUUUUUAUAUAUAAUCAAAUCUCACCAUUUUUGUAUUCU